AUGCCCAUCCCCAACAAGCACCCCAACAUCGGCCGCUCGCAGAGCUGGGACGCUGCCGGCUGGUACGAAGGCAACUGGGAGAAUGACAACCCCUUCGAGUACCAGAGGCCGCCGGGCCGGAGGAGCUCCCUGACCUACGGCAGCGAGGGCGGGUGGUACGAGCCUCCCCGAGCCAACGAUAUCAUCUUGCAGGGCGGUGCGGAGCUGAAGCAGGAGGUGUACCCGUACCACGAUGCAGCCUUCACCCCUGGGCCCAUCAGGAAGGGAUCCAUCCCCGACUUCGUCUACAGCGACCGGCAGGCAGCCAUGGCAGGCCGGGGCUCCCUGCUGCCCCAGGAUUACUACAGUGACCCGUCCCUGGCUGCCAGGUCACCCAAGGACCCUCGCUGCUACCGCGACCAUGUGGCGAGCAGGCCACUGAUGAGCUACGGGGUGCCCGGCAACCGCAUGUCCUGGGACCAGGCCCCGGGCCGCAUGCCCGCCCCGCCGGAGGCCGCUCGCCUCUACCGGGACCCCAAGAUGGCCCCGGACGGGCAGCGGAUGCGCAGCAGAGACGUCUCCCCGGUGCGCUACGGUGGGGAAGGCCCUGGGCAGCGGUACGCAGCUGAGCCACCCGCCUUUCCCAGCAGGCAAGGCUACGGUGACGGGGCAGAGCGGCCCCCCGAGAUGGCGGGGGGCAGGCAGGCUGCACCCACCUGCUUGGUGGUCGACCCCACCAGCGGCACCAGCGGUGGGUAUGGGCCAGGCCGGGAGAGCACCGGCACCAAAGGCCCCUACGACAGCUAUGAGGCGGCGGCGGUGACCCCUUCCCACCCACCUGCACCCCCCGCCUUCCCUGGGCCAGAGGUGAAAAGAAGCUUUGACCCCGAGUUUGUGGCUCUGCUGCGAGCCGAGGGCGUCUCGGAGAGCACCUUCACUGCCCUUCUACAACAGGGCUUCGACUCCCCCAACCUGCUGGCCAUGAUGGAGGAGAACGACAUCAAGUCAGUGGCUCCCAACCUGGGGCAGGCCCGCGUGCUCUCCCGCAUCGCCCACAACUACAAGGCAGAAAUGCAGCUCCAGAGGCAGGAGCGGAGGAGCGGGGCGCUGCGCCCCAGGACCCGCUCCAACAGCUUCAGCCACCGCAGCGAGCUGAUGGGUGACUACGGGGCACCCCUGGGCUUGGGACCCACCACGGACGGCCCCGGUGCCCCACAACCCCCGCCUCCACUGCAGCCCGUCUCCCCGCGAGCAGGAGAGAUCCACCGCCGGCCCUCCAGCGCCCCGACCCAGCACCUGCUGGAGACCACUGCCUACCCUGCCUCGGCGGGGGCUGCUCAGGGACCACCCUUCCUCCCUGGCUCUGGGUACAACACCCCUCUGCCUUGCACCACGCACUCCCGUCCAGCCUCUGCCUACUCGGCUCCGGCCGGCACUCCCAUGAUGGCGGCCAACCCGCACGUCAGCCCCAAGACCGCCUACUCCACCACCUACACUGUCCCCAUGGAGCUGAUGAAGAGGGAGAGGACAGCAGCAGCGGCGUCACCAGCACCCAGCCCACAUGGCAGCCCACAGCUCCUCCGACGGGGAGGUUUGCCCGGGGAUGGCAGCCUGGCACCCACCGGACCCGUUUUCCCUGCCCAGCUCCCCCCCUAUGCGAAGCUCAGCCGGCGCACGGGGCCACCCGUCAUCGUCUCCACCAUGGCAUCACCUGAAACAAGUAUUCGUCCUCAAAUCAUGAAUGGCCCCAUGCACCCCCGGCCCCUGGUGGCACUGCUGGAUGGCAGGGACUGCACUGUGGAGAUGCCCAUUUUGAAGGACCUGGCAACAGUGGCAUUCUGUGAUGCACAAUCAACUCAGGAGAUUCACGAGAAGGUAUUAAAUGAAGCUGUUGGGGCAAUGAUGUACCACACCAUCACGCUGACUCGAGAAGACCUAGAGAAGUUCAAGGCCUUGCGGGUCAUUGUCAGAAUAGGCAGUGGCUAUGACAACAUUGACAUCAAAGCUGCAGGGGAGCUUGGGAUCGCCGUCUGCAACAUCCCCUCGGCUGCCGUGGAGGAGACGGCCGACUCCACCGUCUGUCACGUCCUCAACCUCUACAGAAGGAACACGUGGCUCUACCAGGCCCUGAGGGAAGGCACCAGGGUGCAGAGUGUGGAGCAGAUCCGGGAGGUGGCCUCUGGUGCUGCCCGCAUCAGGGGGGAGACGUUGGGGCUCAUCGGCUUCGGUCGCACUGCUCAGGCUGUCGCCGUUCGAGCCAAGGCCUUUGGCUUCAACGUCAUCUUUUAUGACCCAUACCUGCAGGAUGGGAUUGAGAGGUCCCUUGGUGUCCAGAGGGUCUACACACUCCAGGACCUGCUCUAUCAGAGUGACUGUGUCUCCUUGCACUGUAACCUUAAUGAACACAACCACCACCUUAUCAACGACUUCACGAUCAAGCAGAUGAGGCAGGGAGCAUUCCUGGUGAACACAGCCCGUGGGGGGCUGGUGGAUGAGAAGGCCUUAACCCAAGCCCUGAAGGAGGGACGGAUACGAGGGGCUGCGCUCGACGUGCACGAGUCUGAACCCUUUAGUUUUGCUCAAGGCCCUUUGAAAGAUGCCCCUAAUUUAAUCUGCACUCCCCACACAGCGUGGUACAGCGAGCAGGCAUCCCUGGAGAUGAGAGAAGCUGCAGCUACCGAGAUCCGGCGUGCCAUCACAGGGCGCAUCCCAGACAGCCUAAGGAACUGCGUGAAUAAGGAAUUCUUUGUCACAACAGCCCCGUGGUCAGUAAUAGAUCAGCAAGCAAUUCAUCCAGAGCUCAAUGGUGCCACGUACAGGUAUCCCCCUGGGAUGGUGACUGUGGCACCAGGAGGAAUCCCAGCAGCCAUGGAAGGCAUCAUUCCCGGCGGCAUCCCCGUGACCCACAACCUUCCCACAGUGGCACAUCCUUCCCAAGCUCCAUCUCCCAACCAGCCCACAAAACACGGGGACAACAGGGAACAUCCCAACGAGCAAUAGCAGAUAAUUUAAACAUAAAUAACAGAUAAAAGGCAUUCAAUAAACUCGGGACCAAGAGACAUUGGAAAA